AAUCUCUCACUUAUUCGACGUCAUCAGAUCUUGUUGGAUCUUUGAUCACAGCCCCACAAAUCUAUUUUUCUCAUUCCGUUGUUUUUGAAAAGUCUGAUUCUAAAGCAGAGCAGCAUGGUGCUUCUCCCCCUGACCCGCAAACUGAACAAAGCUCUGGGGCCGUUUCUACUUCGCAAUGGAUUGAGACUGAGAAUGGCAUUGGGCAGUCCAGGCGACAAUCCCACCUUGGACAGUCUGACCGGUAUCACGUGGGCCCAAAAACUCAUUUCCAUUGAAGCCCACCACGACGCCCAAGCAUUCAUGGAUCACAUUCAAAAAAUCAAACACUCUCCGAUCGAAGUCUGGGUCGAAGAUACCUUUGAUCGAAUAUUUGGAAAAGACGAUUUGGAAGAACGACGCAAAACCAUGACACCAUCAGAGAUACGACUCUCCAUCCUGGAAUCCUACUUGCGACCGGCAUUGUUGCCCGACGAACGAUGGUCCAAUGUCUUGCAAUGGAGAUUCCACACCCGAUUGCUCAAAUGGAUCCGCGCCGAAUGGUUGCUCGCACAAUAUGGACUCCACGUACAACAAGCCGUCCGCGAUUUUCCCAAAUUUCGACAUUCGCCCCAACUCACCGUCACGAGUAGUAGAAGCAGCCAACAGGGGAAUAUUCUCACUUCCCUAUUACUCACCACCACCACUUCGACCGAGUAUGAUCCACAACAAUCCGCUUCCAAAAAUAAAGCAAUCACGGCGUCCUUGCCCACUACAGAUUUUGUACAUCGGGUAUUGGAAACCAGACGCUGGAGUCCCCACAAAAACAAUCCCGCCGUCUACCAGCAAUUGCAACAACUCUGCCAAACCAUUGCCAAGAAUGGCAGAAUGGUGUCUCUCCGAGGUGGAGGUCUCCUGUUAGCCGAUCUACCACUCGAUACACCUCUACAGACUGUCCCCUUUCAAGAUGUGCUCCAAGUCCUGGGAGGACAUGUCCACGCGUGUGGACCCUUGAAUGCCUUGUGCGAAGAACGGGACAUGUAUCAACUCUGGACCCAGGAAUAUGUCGAUCGACUCGCGCACUAUCUCUUACAAAGGUGCAAUCGUCAACCACAACACGAAACAGUCAUUCUCGACAUUGGAGCGGGAGAUGGAUUGUUGGGACGACAUUUGCAAAUUGCCAUGGGAAAGAGAUUGCUGACUAGCAGUAGACGCAACAAGAAGAACAACAACAAGACAAAGGCACCCACCGUGGUCUCGGUGGACAAUGGCAGUUGGAGAAUUCAUCCCCGUGCGGCGGUGGAACCGUUGAGUGUGGAACAAGCACUGGAACAAUACGUCGCUCCUGGCAAGCAACAACAACACACUAUUGUGUUAUGCAGUUGGAUGCCCAUGGGAGUGGAUUGGUCUCACUUGUUCCGACAAUAUCAUGUCGACGAGUAUAUUUUGAUUGGAGAAUGUGACGAUGGAACCUGUGGAGACAAUUGGGAUACUUGGGGUAAUCCGGCAUAUCAAUCGGAUGAAGUCAUGGAGCAAGAGUUGAUGGCAGCAUUGGUGGAGGAUCAAACAGACGAUGAUAACAACAACGACAACAAUAGUGGCUCCCACGACAAAGAAGAAGAAGAAGGACACAUGGCCACAGAGGGUACCUUGCCCCAGUAUCAAGUGGAUGGAUACAAGAGGAUCGACAAGGAUGACUGGGCUCCUUUCCAGUUCUCCAGGUUUGAUUCGGCAAUUAGCAAAACUGGAAAGACCGUGGUGUUUCGACGAACACAAAAGACAGAAGAGAUACAGUAGAGGAAUAGAUAUGAUAGUAAGGUAGAUUAUUGAUACACCUGUAAUUAAAGAAAGGAACUCUCAGCUCGGUCACGACCGACGUAUUCCAGAAGCAACAG